UUUCGGAGAGAAGUGGGGGAGCCAGCGGGGACCACGCAGCUAGCCGCCGGCGGCGGGAACUUUCUACCGUCUGUCGACCUCAUGGGGGGAUACGUGCAACCCACUCGCGGCCGAGCUGAGCAGGCAGUGAGAGCGACGAAGGAGAUCGACGCCGACAACGGAUGAGGGCGGUGGCGAUCGCGAGCCCCGGCGGGCCGGAGGUGCUGGAGGAGCGCGAGGUGGAGGACCCCCCACCGCCGGGGGACGGCGAGGUGCUCCUCAGGGUGGCCGCCGCCGGCGUCAACCGCACCGACACGGUCCAGCGGCAGGGCGGGUACCCGGCGCCGCCCGGCGCCUCGCCGUACCCGGGGGUCGAGUGCUCCGGCUCCAUCCUCGCCCUCGGGGCCAACGUCCACCCGCGCUGGGCCGUCGGCGACCAGGUCUGCGCGCUGCUCGCCGGCGGCGGGUACGCGGAGAAGGUGGUGGUGCCGGCGGCGCUGCUGCUCCCGGUGCCGGAGGGAGUGUCGCUGACCGACGCCGCCGGCUUGCCCGAGGUGGCCUGCACCGUCUGGUCCACCGCCUUCAUGACCAGCCACAUCUCCCCCGGCGAAUCCUUCCUUAUCCAUGGUGGAUCAAGCGGAAUCGGCACAUUUGCCAUACAGAUCGCAAAGCACCUCGGAAUCAAGGUUUUUGUCACUGCAGGAAGCCAAGAGAAACUAGCCGCUUGUGCGGGUUUGGGUGCGGAUGUAUGCAUAAACUACAAAACCAAAGACUUUGCAGCACGCAUCAAAGAAGAAACAAAUGGAAAUGGUGUCGAUGUCAUUUUGGACAACGUCGGCGGACCAUACCUCCAGCGCAAUCUGGACAGCUUAGCAGUUGAUGGUAGGCUUUUCAUCAUUGGUUUCAUGGGAGGCACCGUAACUCAAGUGAACCUGCAGGCCAUGCUUGCCCGAAGAUUGACCAUACAAGUUGCUGGGCUGCGGAGCAGAAGCCUGGCCAAUAAAGCUCAGAUCGUCAGCGAGGUGGAGAGAAAUGUAUGGCCAGCCGUGGCGUCGGGCAAGGUGAAGCCGGUGGUUUACAGGACACUCCCUCUAUCUGAGGCAGCUGAAGCUCACAAGUUAAUGGAAUCAAGCUCCCACAUUGGCAAGAUACUACUGAUUCCAUGACUGGGUAUGGUAUCCUUCAGCUUUGAGCAGUGUGUAAACCACACAUUGAUGUGCUAUCCUAUCUUGUAAUUUGGUUCUUGAAGUGCUGAUGAAAGUGGAUAUAAACAUAUAUUGAAAACCAUUAGUUAUAAUAAGUGUUGGAACUUCGAA